UUAUGCUAGAUGCAUAAGAAAAAUGUAUUAAUGCUAAUUAGGCAGAAAGAUGGUGACUCUAAAAAUAAUUUAAAAUUAAAUAAAGAAUUAGAAUGGGAGGAGGGCUGAAAAUGAUGUAUUCAGCUUUCUUUUGUAGCAGAAAUAGAAGAAAUAAUCAAUUAGUUGGGGUUUUCUAAUAUGACCAACUACUAGCAAGUGAUUGUCCUAACAAUGGCACCUCUUACCAAAGAAUGGAUUGUUUAGGUAAAACAAGCAAAAUGGUGCAUGCUGAAGCCUUUUCCCGUCCUCUAAGUCGGAAUGAAGUUGUUGGUUUAAUUUUCCGGUUAACGAUAUUUGGUGCUGUAACCUAUUUUACCAUUAAAUGGAUGGUAGAUGCAAUUGAUCCAACAAGGAAGCAAAAAGUAGAAGCUCAGAAACAGGCAGAGAAAUUAAUGAAGCAAAUAGGUGUGAAAAAUGUAAAACUCACAGAGUAUGAAAUGAGCAUUGCUGCCCAUCUUGUAGAUCCUCUGAGCAUGCAUGUAACCUGGAGUGAUAUUGCAGGUCUAGAUGAGGUUAUUACAGACUUGAAGGACACUGUCAUUUUGCCGAUCAGAAAAAAGCAUCUGUUUCAGAAUUCCAGGCUCCUACAACCUCCUAAAGGAGUACUUCUCUAUGGCCCUCCAGGCUGUGGUAAAACUUUGAUUGCUAAAGCUACAGCAAAGGAAGCAGGUUGUCGAUUUAUUAAUCUUCAACCCUCAACGCUGACAGAUAAAUGGUAUGGGGAAUCGCAGAAGCUAGCAGCUGCUGUUUUUUCCCUGGCUAUGAAACUGCAACCAUCCAUCAUCUUUAUUGAUGAAAUAGAUUCCUUUCUGCGAAGUCGUUCAAGUUCUGACCAUGAAGCCACAGCUAUGAUGAAGGCCCAGUUCAUGAGUCUCUGGGAUGGUCUGGAUACUGACUAUAACUGCCAAGUGAUAGUGAUGGGAGCUACUAAUCGCCCUCAGGAUCUUGACUCUGCUAUUAUGAGAAGGAUGCCCACAAGAUUUCAUAUCAACCAACCUGCAUCAAAGCAGAGAGAAGCAAUCUUGAAACUGAUUUUGAAAAAUGAAAAUGUGGACAGUGAAGUGGAUCUUCGUGAAGUUGCUAGAGACACAGAUGGGUUUUCAGGAAGUGACUUAAAAGAAAUGUGUCGUGAUGCUGCACUACUAUGUGUCAGGGAAUAUGUUAAUUCUACAUUUGAGGAAAGCAAUGAAGAUGAUGAAAUCCGUCCAGUGAAACAGAAAGACCUGCAACGGGCCAUUGAGAAAAUGAGGAAGUCCAAGGAAGCAACAAAUCAGAAUGUUCUAAUGCACGUCAGUUUAGAUUAAGGUUAAGCAACGGCGCUGUGGCCUAUGGCCUCUUUUGAGGACUGGCUAUGCCACUUAAAUAGUGGAAAUCAAUUGGAAGCAGGAAUAUCCUUUUAAUAAGUGUUUCUGGAAUUGUUUUUAUAUAUGCUGUUACCUAAAUUAUUGAAACCUAGUAAUCUUGCAAAAUUGGAUACGGCCUGUGGUAUCGAUCAUGACAUGGAAGAAUGUAGUCCAGCACAAAAGCAAUGUCUUGUUUCCUUGUUGUGGCCUUAAAAGCCGACUGUCAGUGGGUUCUAGUGUGGCAUAAUGGUCUACGGAGGACCAUGUACAUAUGUAUGAGACAGUGUGCAGUUUUUAUACACAGACAUAAUAUGUAGAUAACUUGAAUAUGAAAAGCCGCCUUUUUCUUUUUCUUUUUGUUUUCUGGGUUAAAGUGCAUCAGAUGAUUAAAAGGUUCAGCACACGCUUAUCUAUUUUUGUGUAGUUACCUUAAUGCAAAACCAGAAAACCUGUUUUUGCUAAUUAUCUUUUUUUUUCUUGGAAUGCAGGGCAAUCUGACCUCCUUUUCUCAACAUUAACUCAUGGGAUCCACUGGUGCCAUUUGUUUAGCUAGAAAACACUUUGUGAACAUUUUGAUUUUAUAUGAAUCCUAUAAAUUGUUAUUCUUUCCUUUUUUAAAGACAUCUUUUGUACAGUCAGGGUUAAGCAUUGUGGAACACUGGCAACAUUUAUUUUUUCUAUUUCUGAAUUGUGAAUUAUUUCCUAGAAAUAGCCAACAGGAAUGCUCCUGUUAAAGGCUUUUUUUUCUUUCUUUUUUUACUACUGUAGUGCUUGCUAGCGGCUGUAAUUGGUCACAACACAAAUCACUGCAGUAAGUACAUUGUUCUAAAAAGUUUUGCUUAGUUCCUUUUCUCCCCACAGUCUUGCUAAAUGGAGCAGUUCUUUCAGUGUCUUUCAGUGGAUAGCUAGAAUUAAUAACUUUCAGAUGUUCUUAAUGGAAGAGGUGAUAACACUGAGAUGUCUUUCAGGGAUAAUAUUGAAACUGAAUUUAAUUUUGUUGACCUGCUUUUUUAAAUCUUGUAUACGGACCUGUUACAACUUCAUUAAUCAAAACAACAAAGUGUCCAAAACAUACCAAAGCUUUUUUUUUUUUUGCAUAGUAACAAAGCAUUGGAAAGUAUGUUAAAAAAACAAUACCAGUGUAACUGGAUGAUUCUGACAUUGCAUCAUUUAAGUUCAUAAUUUUACUUUGCUGUUCUUGCAGGUGCUACUUUAUGGUGUAACCACAUUGUAUAAAGCACAGGAUGUUCUUUAUAAACUGAAUCUGGAUAGUUUACUCUUGAAUUCCCCUCCCCGUGAAAGAAAAGAAACAAUUAUCAAGUGGAAACUGGUUUGGGACUGAGAAAAACAAUGGAUUUCCACAGUGUAUAAUACUUUAUUCACACACACAUAUAUAUAUAUCACAUUUCUUCUACAGAGGUAGUUCUUGAGAGUUUUGUUUAAGUCAGAACUUUUUUUCAAGUGGCCAGAUUAGAGAUGAAAAGCCCUGAGAAAAAACCGAAAAAAUUGAUAAAAGGGGGGGGGGUCUGGAAAAAUUAUCAUUUUUUUCCAGGAAAAAUGGGGGGGAGUGUGUAAAAAAUAAAAAGACUCAGAAAUCUUUCAUUAAGGUCUUCUUCAUGUUAUAUAGUUUGAAUACCAUGUCGUAGAUAUAUUAUCACUUGGAAAGAACAUAUUCUACACAAUGUGUUAUCAAAGGUUUUCAUGACCAUAAUCACUGGGUUGCUGUGAGUUUUCUGGGCUGUUUGGCAAUGUUCCAGAAGCAUUAUCUCCUGACGUUUCGCCCACAUUUUUGGCAGGCAUCCUCAGAGGUUGUGAGGUCUGUUGGAAACUAGGCAAGUGGAGUUUAUAUAUCUGUGAAAUGUCCAGGGUGGGAGAAAGAACUCUUGUCCGUUUGAGUAAAGUGUAAAUGUUGCAAUUGGCCACCUUGAUUAGAAUUUAAUAGCCUUGCAGCUUCAAAGCCUGGCUGCUUCCUGGCUGGGGGCAUCCUUUGUUGGGAAGUGUUUGCUGGCCCACAUCGCGACCACCAAAUGCAGCAUUGCCCAAACACAAAUCAAGGAACAUGAAAGGCACUGCAGAUUAAUUCAGCCAGAGAGGUCAGCCAUAGCAGAGCACCUGAUGAACCAAUCUGGGUGCAGCAUAUUGUUUGAGAUCACAGAAAUGCUGGACCACUCCAAUAACCACCAUGUCAGACUACAUAGAGAAGUCAUUGAAAUCCACAAGCAUAUGGACAAUUUCAACGGAAAGGAGGAAACCACGAAAAUGAACAAAAUCUGGCUUCCAGUAUUAAAAAAAACCCCACUAAAAUCAGGUGAGAAAAUAAAGAGCAACACUAAAAAAAACGGGAAUUCUGGAAAAGAAACAAUUGGGGCCAGCUAACACCUCCCAACAAAGGAUCCCCAGGCAGGAAGCAGCAAGGCUAUUCAAUUCUAGAAAACCAGUCGUGUAAAUAGUUUUUGCACUAAUGAAUCCUGGGACAGGGCCAUCUAUAGGUACAUUGUGCCAGGCACUUGGUAUGUAUAGUCUUAAAUUUAUCAUUCCCAUGUUAUUUCUUAUGACCAUGAAUGCCUGUGUUUUGAAACGAUGAAUGGCUUUUUCCCCCUGUCUAUCCUCCCAUUUCUAUUUUAUUUCAUUCAUUUCAAUAAACUAAACCACAGAAUGCAAACCUAUAACAUUAUCUGGGCACUUUAUAGAGGUGCUGUUUGUUUGCAUCAUUUACUGAAGAGUUUUGUACCAGUUAAGCUGGAAUUGUUGGCAUAGCAGCAAGUCCUAGCUUAUGCCUUCUACAUCUAUUACAAACAUUUCUGCACACUUGCCAAUUUUCUUCAGUAGGAACAGAUUUACUGGAUAUUACUUCUUGUGACCAAAUACAUUAGUUUCACUAUUUCUGAUAAUACUACAUAAGCACAAAAAUACACCCCGCUUGGUUAAAAGCAAUAGAAGUUAAGCCAUUAAUUUUGUGUGGGAUAUAUUGUGCCUGGUUUGUCUCCAAGUAAAAGUUUUCAUCCCUUUUCCAGUUAUUUUUUCAAGACUGUUUUCAAAUUAUGUUUCUCCCAUUGGUUCUCAACCUGGAGUCCCCAGAUGUUUUUGGCCUACAACUCUCAGAAAUCCCAUCCAUUUUACCAGCUGUUAAGAUUUCUGGGAGUUGAAGGCCAAAAACAUCUGGGGACCCCAGGUUGAGAACCACGGCUCUAUACUGACCAAAGGUUGUAGCGACUCAGCGAGUCAGAGUUCUGCUUUUGCCCCACAUCUACAUCAGCCUGCAUGCAAUAUUUCAUACAAUUUUUGGAGACCCAAUAACCAUCAAAAGCGGCUUUGAAUUCUGUGCUGUUUGCUAACAAAAAGCAACAUGGAAUUCAAACUUGCCUAUUAGCAAAAACUCAGUAGAAGAGGAUCUAGUUGUGGCACAGUUUUAAAACUAGAAAAACAUUCUAAGGAAAUGAAGAUUUUACUAAGAAAAAAAAACUAACAUGUCUUACUAGUCAACGCUGAUUUCCAACACUACUGACUAGCUUUAUAGGCCUGACUUACUGUUUGAGGCAGGAACCAUUGGAAAGUUUCCAAUGAACUUCUAUAAUUGAAAAAAAAAUUGGAAUAUUUCUUUGGCCAAUUGCUCCUUUAGUUUUGUUCCCCACCCCCCUUUCCAAUAUAUUUCAUAUAUAUCUGUAUGCAGGUGGAGGCCAUGUUCUUUUAGUGCAAACAAAUAGUAAUCAGUAUUAAUAAUAACUUCAAUAAUAAUCAUAAUUUUAUUCUUGUAUCCUGCCACCAUCUCCCCGAAGGGACUCGGGGGCAGCUUACGCAAGGCUCAAGUUGCCUAAAAGCAGGACAUGAAAUAAAACAAUAUAAAAUACAAUUGAAAAAACACAUAAGCAUGUAAUAACUGCAUAAAAUUCAGACUAAAACAGCGUUUACCCGUCAGUAGUCAUAGUUUAUGCAAACAUGGCCAGGCUGUAAACAAUAGGGCUAGAGAAUGGGAGUAAGUACAGAGCUGUAACCAUGGGAUGAAGGCUUGGCUGCAUAACAAAUUCAUACCUAGAUCAGCUAGGGACUAAGCAUUCUCAAAAGCUUGUUUGAAUAGCCAGGUCUUCAGUAUUCAUCUUAUAGAAUCGAGCAGUCCUUCAUACUAUGAUAAGCAUUAAUCAUAUUCUUGAUAGAUACUUGAUGUGUGUUGAUAAAAGUUCAUGAUUUCUGGCAACUUGCUCAAAAGGCAAAACAGUCAUAUCUGAAAUGUCCAUUUUAUCAAAUCUCAUUCUCAAAUGCAAAUAUUACCAUGCUUUAAGGAAAAAUAUAAUGACCUGACUCCCAAAAUGUGUGGGCUUUAAAGAAGGGUGGAAGAUCUGUGAGCUGGCUGGGAAAAGCUCUACCUGGUUGGGGAGAAGUUCCAAACCUUCAGCACUUCUUGCCCCUAUGCUGAAGUACUAUGGAGUACAACUAAUAUUGUGUGCAUUGGACUUUUAUUGUAAUGGCUGCUAUAAGCAUGAACUUGCUUUAUACUUGUAGACCAGCUGGUAAGUUUUUCCCUCUGAUUUGGGAUUAUGAUGAUGAUCAUUUUGAUUCAGUGCCAAGAGUGGGCAACUAGUGGUUGAAGGGAAGCACAUGGAGUGUCAGAUUUUCUAUCCCUGGGAACAUCUUGGGGCAGGGGUUGCAAGAACUUCUCAAUAGAUAGAUAGUCUACUCUUCGUUUUUAAAAACAAUUUUUAAAAUGGAAUUAAAAUUGGCUUCCCCUUUAUUUUAACAACAAAAAGGGUAGUUUGGAUUCAGUCAUCUAUGCUAGAGAUAAUUCUUCUGAUCUUUUCAGUCUGCAGUGUUCUGUCCACAUUUUCAGGAGUUAUGGGCAUAUGACCUAGCAGUUUGAAAACAUGCAAAUGUGAGUAGAUCAAUAGGUACCGGUCUGGGGGGAAGGUAACGGUACUCCAUGUAGUCAUGCUGGCCACAUGACCUUUGAGGUGUCUAUGGACAACGUCGGCUUAAAAAUGGAGAUGAACUCCAACCCCCAGAAUCAGACACGACUAGACUUAAUAUCGGGGCAAAUCUUUACCUUUACCUAUGGGCACAAGACCCUACAAAACCAAAAAAAAAUCCUGAAAAUAAAUAAGCAUUAUAUUUUUAGUGGAGAGAACACAUCUCUAGGCCCCCAGUAUGACUAGUUCACAUCUGUCAGCUGUUGACCACAGUUUCACUGAAGGGCAUAGGGAUCCCUAGAGAGAAUGUAUUAAUUAUAUCUGCAUAAGUCCACAAAAUUGAAACUCAUAAAUAUGGGGGGUCGGGGGCAAUGUACCAGUGGUUUUAGGUUGUUGGAAAUACUAAGUUAGGCCCUAACUCCUAAUCAAAGUAGCACAGACCGCUAUUCCCCACCUCCCCAUGUGAAGCUACAGUUACAUUCUAAGGUUCAAUACAUAUAACACUUCUUAAAAGUGAAAGUCAGUCAUAGAAGUAUGCGUGCCAUGCAUAUUCUCCUGGAGGUUGUGGAUUCUUCCAUGCUUGUCUAUAUUUCCCAUCAGUCCUAUCCAACAUAGACAAUAAUGAGGGAUUAUGGGAAUUGCAUUCCAACCACAUCAAGGGAGCAUUAAAGAUGCAAUUCUUUGUUCUUCAGGGAAGCAUUUUUUUAAUAGUACGAGAGUCUCUGGAAACUUCAUGUUUUGAAGACCUUGCCAUUGUCUGUGUGCACAAAAUUGCCUUUAGGGUUUAUUUUUUGCACAGAAACCAUUUUUCUUCAUAGAGAACAGAUUUCUUACACAUUUUAACAAAUGGCAAAUGUAGUUCAAUACUUGAAGUUUUUGAACAUUUAUUUGCACAGAACAGCAUUUUCUACAUAGAAAACACCAUUUCUUAUUUCUGUACAAAUUUGUAUAGAACACACUUGGCUGUUUGGGUGUUUUUCCUCCAUGACAAACCAUGUGGGAGAAAAAAUUUCGAACCGCAAGGAUUCUUGUAGAUCCAGGAUUCUCUACUUCAGUGUUUCCCAAUGCUUGAAAAUCAUCUUUAACCAUUUUUGGAAUAUUCUUUCCAUCUCUAAUACACUUGCCACUCCUGUUCUGUAUCAUGCUCCUGUUUCGUGUCACAUUGUGUGUAUCAUUGAGCGGUGUUUUGCUUGUUCAUCCGCUACGCUCACAAGAUCUAGAAAACAAGUCUAACGUGGUCUUCAGGAUACUAAGGUUGGAAUUUGUUAUUGUGGAUCCUUAUUUUGAAAUUUAAACAUUUUCACUGUGCUGAGUGGACUUUCUUACCUGAAGGUUUACUCAUUGGAGACUUUGAUAUGGCAGCAAACAACACAGCGUCACUAGGCACACUUGUGCUAUAUCUCAAAACCAAAAUUGACUUCCUGAUAAAAUGAAAUAAAAUGAAAGAGCAUAACUAAGGCUAUUUAACUGUUGGAGCACCUUCUGAAAUCCAAAAAUAAGUGGUCUUGACUGCAUUUAAAUAGAUAAUAAAGCAAUAAAUGUGACAUAAUUGUAGCAGAAGACUUGCGCUUGUGUUUUUUCUGUGUGUUGCUACAGCUGAGCUUCUCAUUGGUUUUGUGGAUCACACAAAGCUACGUGUACUCUCUCCACAAUGGCUAUUUGUAAAUGGGAAGAGAAGAAAUAAAGCUAUGUGUGGCCUGAAGUCUUAA